GGAGCUGAGCUUUCCUCUUUAUAUACACGCCCCUCUUUUUUCAAAGCUAAAAUUCUCUCUGAUCUUCCUGUGCUUCUAAUUAAGCUUCUAAUAUUUUAUUUAUCCACCCCAAAUUAUAUUCGUUCUGCGUUUUCGUGUCUUCACAAUCUUCUCGACGGAAAAGUGAAUAGCUAGCUAGCUAGAUGUGAAUAAAGGGACAAACAAACGCGCCCUUAGCCGAAGCACAGAAAAAUGAGCUGCAAUGGCUGCCGGGUCCUCCGGAAAGGGUGCAGCGACAGCUGUAUUCUUAGAAGCUGUUUACAAUGGAUGGAAAGCGCCGAAGCUCAAGGCCACGCCACCUUGUUUGUCGCCAAGUUCUUCGGCCGUGCCGGCCUCAUUUCUUUCAUCUCCGCCGUGCCGGAAAAUCAGAGACCUUCUCUAUUCCAAUCUUUGUUAUACGAAGCUGUUGGGCGGACGAUCAACCCGGUGAACGGAGCGGUGGGGUUAUUAUGGAGUGGGAAUUGGCACGUGUGCCAAAAGGCGGUGGAAACCGUCCUCCGCGGCGGCGCGUUGCAGCCACUUCCGGAAUUUGUUGGUGGCGUGGGCGAGGUUGGUGAAGCCUCGGGGUGCACCGACAAGUCCAAGUUUCAUGAUUCCAGUCAAAACCCACGUCCCAAAAAUGCUGAGAAACGCCGCCGUUUUCCGGAUGCCCCAUCGAGUGUUAUCCAGCUGGCCGAUCUUAAUCUCAGACUACAUCCCGGUUUUCAAAGGGGCUGUGACAGUACAAGCCCGACGGCGGAGAGACGGCGGCGACCGGGGACGCCGUCGAUGAACUCCGAGGAGUCGGUGACGACUACUUGCCUGAACAGCCGGUUCGGCGGCGCCGCGGAUCAAUAUGGAGGAGAACCCAAACUUCUAAACUUGUUCAAUUAGUGUUUUAAUUGUUCAAUUAAUUAUUUGUAUUAUUUUCUGUGCUUUUCUUUGGUGGUUUGUUUUUUUGGUGUCCGGGGAGUUUUGCUAAAACUAUUGGCGCAGGAUUCCCUUUUAAUUUCCUGCUAAACAUAUAUAGCGGAAACAAGUGGGGGAAAAUGAAAGUAUGCCGAUUAUCCCAAAAGUCUCUUGAAAUGAGUUUUAAUUCACGGAUGAAAAUGAAUAAAAUGAGUGUUUUUAUUCAUUUGGAUCAA